GUGGCAGCAGAGAGAGAAAGCACACCACUGGAAGCAGUUCGCAGUUUCAGUCUCACAUCACCACUCUUCGGUCUUCUCCCUUCCCCAUCCUGUGUUGAUUAGCCUUUGGUGUUCUGGUCAUCUCAUCAUCUGUCUGUCCCCUCCUACUCGUAAUCCUGUUCGUUUAAAUUUUGUGUUUUUCUCCCGACUUUUGUUUGGGUAUCUCAGUAUCUGUGAUUCUUUGGGGACAGAUCUUGGGGGUUCAAGUAGAGGAGAAGAACCAAGGUAAUGCGGUCGCCUUCAAUUCUCUCACAGUGCCUGGCCGGUUUCCUGUCUCAUGAAAAGGCUGCAGCCCACUGCGUUAAUGUCGUGCCCGAGAGGGAAACGCACCUUCCAUCACCAGCAGUUGAGAUUGUCCCAUCAAAGAAUGUUCAUCCCUACAAGUAUGCAGGCGAUAAUAUUGAAAUGCAUGGCAUGAAUAUAUUCAAGGGAAAGGUUAGUGUUGUCGAUAUUGUUGGAUUAUCUGGUUCAGAAGUUGUAACUCCAAAAGGCGAAGGGCCUCUGAAAUGCUGUGAGAGUUCAAUUGAUCUAGUGAAUGUUCUUAAGAAUGAGAUUCGUGAUGGGCUAUUGACAUUCAGAAGCAAACAGGUUUUAGAGCUUGGCUGUGGGUAUGGGCUUCCUGGGAUAUUUGCUUGCCUGAAGGGAGCUUCAACAGUGCAUUUUCAGGAUCCGAGUGCUGAAAUAAUAAGAUGCAAAACAAUACCCAAUGUACUUGCAAAUAUUGAGCAAGCUCAAGACAAACAUGGUCACCAACAAGGAAGCCCCCUUACUCCAUCUCGGCAGCAGUUGACUCGAGAUAUCCAUUUCUAUGCUGGGGAAUGGGAGGAGCUUCACACUGUUCUAUCAGUGAUUCAUGAGGAUGAGGUGGAUGCAUCAUCAGGUGUAGGACUAGAGUUCUGUGAAGAUGACAUUUUGGAUGGUUACAGUAGCCAAGAUGCGAGCAAUAUUUGCCAAGAAACUUCUUCGAGGCGAUCAAGAAAACUAUCAGGAAGCCGUGCAUGGGAGAGGGGGAAUGAGACUACCACAGGAGAUGGUGGAUAUGACAUAGUGUUAGUCAAUGAAAUUCCCUACUCUGCGAACUCUCUUCAGAACCUCUAUUUGCUCAUAAAAAAGUGCCUACGGCCACCAUACGGGGUGAUGUACCUUGCUGCAAGGAAGAACUACAUCGGUUCGAGCAGCGCGGUGCGGCAGCUACGAGCUCUGGUGGAUGAAGAGGGCGCGUUUGGCGCGCACCUCGUCUCCGAGCCCCCGGAGAGGGAGAUCUGGAAGUUCUUCUUCAAGUAGUGGUUUGGCUGUGGCGCUGCAAAUAUCAUCACAAAACUGCAUGAUCACCGAUUAUAUGUACAUAAUAACCUUAUAAGAGUUUCGAUCCAUGUUUUGUUUGUUGUUUUUGGCCCCUUUUUUUCCCCUCCUGAAGUGUAUUCUCGUUAUGCUGAAAAUUCAUGACAGAACUCAAACCAGUAUUGAGUCUUUAGCUUCCAGAUAUUGAGUUUGUUAUGCUGGAUUAUCACCGGUGUCCAGUGUUGGGUCUGUUUGACUGAGCUGCAGAUUAUAAAGCAAGGUUGAAAUAAGCAUAUUCUUUUCAGA